CCAGCAGUCACUCUAGAGCAACUCUGCAAAACAGCCGCAGCGGAACAACAAAAAAACAUUUGUAAAAAUGACCCGACUAGCCUCGUUUUAAGCGGAUUCAAAGUGCACCGAGAGGAAGCCAGGCGCAGGAGCAGAGCAGCAGGACAGGAUUAGGAUCAGGAUCAGAGGAACUGGAUCGUCGGCCAAACAGGCGCAUUUCCCCCCGCAGCCCACACUCACGCACACAAACAACCGUAUACCGCAGUAUUUUCACACACACACACUUGAGGAUUUUCACCACCAUCAACUGAAGUCGCCGCAGCCAGGACAUGACGGAUAAGGAGAGCGAGCAGUGCACCGUCUCGGUCUUUGACCAGACGCCCGGCUCGGAGCAAAAGAAGAUCAACGUGGUGGUCCGCUCCCAUUUCACGGUGAAGCGUGUGAUCGACCUGAUCGGCACCCAGUUUCCCUACGGCAAGUUCGAGCUCCUGUUGCAACCACACGAGAACAAGGAUCUGGUCAAUCUAAAUGCUUUGGAAUCCCAGCUGUUUUACGAUGUGGCUGGUUUUGAGCGGCAGCUCAAGAAUCACUUGAUACUACUGCCCGCCGGCAGUUGGGAUGGCGACGUGGCCAAGCGCUUUGAGUUGCCCAUCAAGAAAGUGGUCGUUAAAAAGGUUAUAAAGUCGACUGACGGGGAAAAGGCCAAGAGUCCAGCCACCGGCGAAACGAAGAAGAAACGCGUGGUGGGUGAGAAAACGAAGAAAAAGCCAGCAUCUGGAUCUUCCUCGCCAAGCAAAACAAAAACCGCGACUGAGGAAUCCAACGUGAGUUCGGAAUCGAGCCCAGAAAAGAGUUCGAAACCCAAACCCGUUGCAGAAGAAGCUCCCAAGGCGAGUCCGGAGGAAAGUCCCGAGGUUUCUACGGAGGCGAGCGCCAAAGUCAUUUCCCCGGAGAGUCCGGUGGCCAAGAAGACGGCAAAAGUCACUGCGAAAGCCAACCUUGAGUUGCUCAGUCCACUGCAGCCGUCGUCACCCAUUAAGGAGCUGGAUUGCGAACCCAUAGACACGAUAAGCAAGCAGCAGCUCACCGAGCAACUGCAACUGUAUCCACAAGGUCGCAACCUCAUCUCGCCGGUGGACGAUGCUCCCUCGGACCUGUUCAUCUCGGAUGCCGAGCAGUUGUCCGACGACGACCUCGCACUGGGUGCCUCAGCCAGUCCAACUAAUCUCGGGCCGGGCUACGAUUUCGGGGCACCAACUGGAGACUCGGACGCCGAGGGUGUGAGCGCCGGAGUGGUGGAUCCAUCUGCGAUCGGACAAGAGGAUGAUCCGCUUCCGGCUCUGUCGAACUUCUAUCGCCGAAAGUACGGAGGCGAUGAGUUGCCCGCCUGGCAGAGGGCCAACGCCACUGCCGCGGACUUUGUGUCCUCGGCCACCACGGAAACGUCGGAGUCAGAGACACCGGCACACCGGCAGACGAACGGCGGACCCAAGGGCUAUGUUGGUCUGGUGAAUCAGGCCAUGACCUGCUACCUAAACAGCUUGCUGCAGGCGCUGUUUAUGACGCCCGAGUUCCGGAAUGCCCUGUAUCGCUGGGAGUUCGACAACGACAACGAGGCCAAGAACAUACCCUACCAACUGCAGAAGCUUUUCCUCAAUCUGCAAACCUCUCCCAAGGCAGCGGUGGAAACCACCGACCUGACCCGCAGCUUUGGCUGGGACUCGACGGAGGCCUGGCAGCAGCACGACAUCCAGGAACUGUGCCGCGUUAUGUUCGACGCCCUGGAGCACAAGUUCAAGAACACCAAGCAGGCCAAUCUCAUUUCCAACCUGUACGAGGGCAAGAUGAACGAUUAUGUCAAGUGUUUGGAGUGCAAUACGGAGAAGACGCGCGAGGACACCUUCCUGGACAUCCCGCUGCCGGUGCGUCCGUUUGGCAGCAGCUCCGCCUACGGCAGCAUCGAGGAGGCCCUGCGCGCCUUCGUCCAACCGGAGACGCUCGACGGCAACAACCAGUAUCUGUGCGAGAAGUGCAAAAAGAAAUGCGACGCCCACAAGGGGCUGCACUUCAAGUCCUUCCCCUACAUCCUCACGCUGCACCUGAAGCGCUUCGAUUUUGACUACCAGACCAUGCACCGCAUCAAGUUGAACGACAGAGUAACUUUCCCGCAGACGCUCAACCUGAACACGUUCGUCAAUCGGACCGCCAAUAGCGGCGAGCAGAACUCUCAGCUGAACGGCACUGUGGACGAUUGCAGCACGGCGGACAGUGGCUCGGCCAUGGAGGACGACAACCUGAGCAGCGGCGUGGUGACCACGGCGAGCUCCAGUCAGCACGAGAACGAUUUGAACGACGAGGACGAGGGCAUCGACAUGAGCAGCAGCACCAGCAAGAGCGCCAAGCAGGGAUCCGGACCGUAUUUGUACGAACUAUUUGCCAUCAUGAUCCAUUCGGGCAGUGCAUCGGGUGGCCACUACUAUGCUUAUAUCAAGGACUUUGACAACAACGAGUGGUUCUGCUUCAACGAUCAGAAUGUGUCCACUAUCACCCAAGAGGACAUCCAGCGUUCGUUUGGCGGACCCAAUGGCAGCUACUAUUCGAGUGCCUACACCUCCAGCACCAAUGCGUACAUGUUGAUGUAUCGGCAGGUGGACGCCAAGCGAAACGAACAGGUCGCCAAGGUGGCCGACUUUCCGGAGCACAUCAAAACGCUGCUGCCGAAGCUGCACUCGGAGGAGGAGACGCGCGUGACUCGCCUGGGCAGGCACAUCACGGUUACGGAUCUGGCCCUACCCGAUUUGUACAAGCCGCGCGUCUACUUUUAUAAUCCCUCCCUGAAGAAGAUGAAGAUCACCAGGGUGUAUGUAUCGCAGAGUUUCGACGUCAAUUUGGUGCUGAUGUCGGCCUACGAAAUGCUGAAUGUGGAGCAAUUUGCCCCGAUUUCGCGCUGUCGUCUGGUCGCUUACAACUCCACAAUGGACACGAUUAUCCAGUCAUUGGAGAACUGCACCGACCCGGGACUAACCGAGUUGCGCGCCUCGCAGAACUACAGCCUGGACUUUUUGCUAGAGUACCGGGCCGAGGAUCAGCAGUUCGAGACAUACGCCCCGGAUGGCAUCACUUGGUAUGUGUUUAAGGUAGAUCUAUCGACCAUGGCGAUGGACGGUCCCUUCCUGGUUUACUCAGCAGCGCGGGAGCGGGAGGCCAGCGAGGUGCUUCGUCGCUCCAUCGCAAUCCGUUUGCAUGUUAACGAGCAGCAGUUCCUACUCGCCACGGUGCGCGGCACGGUGCCGAAGGCCUUCGUCGCCUACGAUCCCCAUCCGUCGCCCGAGGCGCUGCAGCAUCUCCAGAACCUGGCCAACACCCAGUUCAAGUCCAUAACAUACUUCUACUUGAACGUCCCCAACACGGAUGCCGCGACCCUCGAGAUGUUGGGUGUGCCCAGCGUGGAGUCAAUCGAGUCUGCCAGCGGUGGUGAUGUGGUGGAUGCCGCCAUGAUGAAUGGCGCAGCAGCGAGUCACGAGUCCUCCGGCAAUGACUGCGAUUGGAGGCGGUACAAACGGGAUCUGCUGGAGCCGCUGGCCCAACCCAGUCCCAGUCACGGCCACGAGUCGAACUCGGAGGACAGCAGCCUGAGCGAUGGCGACCGCACUCUGGUGGAGACGGAGAACCUGGCACAUCGCGGCGGUGGCGACAGUCAAGUCAGUUCCACCAGUCAUUCGCCGCAACUGUCUAGCCCCGAGGACGAGGCAGCCUCACACGAUGCCAUGAUGCGGGUGCAUGCGUAUUGCAAUGGAAACGGCAGCUAUGCGGCGGCCGAUGUGGUGGAUCCCCUGCUCCUGCCCCCCAGCACCAACCACUUCUUCCACGCCACAAAGGUGGAGUGCGUGGACGUAGUGGGCACAGGCUCUAGUUCGGGCCACCAGUCCGACGAGGAGGCUGCGCUGCGGAGACCCACGCGUGCCUACAAACUUCUGGUGGGCACACACAUGCGCAUGGUCGCCUUUAAGCGCCACAUCGAGCAGCUCAUUCAAGUGCCCAGCGCCUACUUUAAGCUGCAGCGCAAGCACGACAACAAUCUGUCCAGCAACCAGAACAACUCGUUGGUUCUGCUCACCGAGGGCGAAACACUGACGGUGGAGCUGGGCAAGAAUCUGGAACAGGACGAGUACAAGGCCAAGAUACACUUUCUGCGACUGGCGGACAUCGAUAACGAAACGUCCAAGCUGCCCUGCGUCUGCGAGUGGGUCUACAACGCCAACACCACCGUGGAGCAGGCCAAGCAGGAGCUGGUGGCCAAGCUGCACCGCAUGGACGCCAAGUAUGCCACGCUCUCGGUGGAGAACUGCCGCAUCUGGCUGAAGGGCGGGCGAACUCCCAUCAAGAUCCUGGCCAACGAGGAAACGCUCUACUGCGACAUGCGCUCCACCAUCGCAGCUGAGUUUAUUGUGCAGGAGUGCGAGGAGGGUGUGAAUCCGCAACCCAAGGACGACUCUCUGACCAUAUUUGUUAGACGCUGGUGUCCGGCUAAAAUGGAGUUUGGAAAGUUCCAAGAAAUCACUUUGGACCAGGACAGCGAAAUGAGGCAUUCAUUAUCACAGAUCAGCAACAUCACAAUGGACAAACUGAGCUAUAUGAAGGUGAACAGCAACUUCCCCUGCACAAGCAUAUCGGCGUUAAGUGUCAACGAGUCCAGCAGUUGGUACGCGGUGCCCUGCAGCCUGGACAAAUAUCCGCUGAACGCCUCACAGACGGGCAACAUCUACCUUUACCAAGAUAGGACCGUACCUGCGCGCGAGCUGACGCUGGAUGAGCGACGACAGAUGAACGCCAGGGAGAAGGCUCGCCUGGAUCGAGUGGGCUGUGUGUCCACCACGCGAUACUCGCAGCGUCGGGAACGCGCCCUGAAGAUCUACCUGGACUCGCCGGAGAAGUCGAGCAACGUGACCGCCUCGGCACCGAUGGACGUGCAUGUCAACAAUUAGUCUGGCCAACGAAAAACAAAAGUACACCAAACCAUGUAUGUAAGCGACGGCAGACCAUUAAAUCCCAGAUCCUUUUUUAAUCAACGGCCACACAUCUUUGUCGGCUGCAAGUGCUGGUCGUCGUGUUUUCUGUACUUCACCCGCAGCAAUUGCGUAUUUUGUUCUGUUGUUUAUUUUGUUUGACGCAAGGGGAAAGAGUCGGCGGGAUGGGCCAGAGCAUAAGUAUAUGGAUUGGAUUGGAAUGGAUCUGGGAUCGACAGCAUAACGAAGUUAUUCUUGCAACUUUCGUAAUACAAGAGUUCAAAGAUGAGACUGUAAAAUUUAAACUAAAAAUGCAAGAAAUCUAAAUUACAAAUUGUAUAAUGUGAAUGUGAACAUCAAAACUAAAUUAAAAGUAUAAAAUAAACACACAACUCUCAAGUGCAUUUAUUACAA